GUGCCAUCGAAAAACAAGUCAAGAACUUGUUUGAGAUGGCUAGAGACAAAAGUUCAUCCGCCAUCUCUAUCAAUGAGAUCGACUCCAUCUACGGAGCCAGAGGCGAAGGAGAAUAUGAAACUAUGAGAAGAGUCAAAAUCGCGAUCCUCGUUCAGAUGCAAUUAGUUGGCCUAGACAACAAGAACGUGCUCAUGCUAAGAGCCACAAACCUGCCUUGGGAGAUCGACCAGGCUAUCAGGAGAAGUUUCGAGAAGAGGAUUUAAAUUUCACUAUCAGACUAGAGAAACUCAUAAUAAUUUAAAUGGAAAUGACUUCGAAGAAAGUACAAAAGAGACAGAUGGCUCUUCAGGAUCAGAUUUAGCUACCUUAACCAAGGAUGCUAUUAUGGCUCCAUUAAAGAAAUGCUAGGAAGCAACAAGAUUUGUCAAAACUUUCUAAGGUACAUUCCUACUUAUGCAUCAGACCCAAAGGGAUAAUGUAUGAAAAUGACGGAUAUCUAUCCCCCUCUGAUUGAAGCUCCUGAUGUAUGAGCUGAUGAUUUCCAUAAUUCCCUCAUGAAGACAAAGUCA